AUGGCGGAACUGGGGAAGAAGUACUGCGUGUACUGCCUGGCCGAGGUGAGCUCCCUGCGCUUCCGCUGCACCGAGUGCGCCGACAUCGAGCUCUGCCCCGACUGCUUCUCGGCGGGCGCCGAGAUCGGCCCGCACCGCCGAUGGCACGGCUACCAGCUCGUCGACGGCGGCCGCUUCACCCUCUGGGGCGCCGAGGCCGAGGGCGGCUGGAGCAGCCGGGAGGAGCAGCUGCUGCUGGACGCCAUCGAGCAGUUCGGCUUCGGCAACUGGGAGGACAUGGCUGCUCACGUGGGAGCAUCCCGAACGCCUCAGGAGGUGAUGGAACACUAUGUGAGCAUGUAUAUCCAUGGCAACCUAGGAAAAGCUUGCAUCCCUGACACUAUUCCAAACAGAGUAACGGAUCACACGUGUCCCAGCGGCGGCCCGCUUUCUCCUAGCUUGACCACGCCACUCCCACCGUUGGAUAUAUCGGUGGCUGAACAGCAGCAGUUGGGAUACAUGCCGCUUCGGGAUGACUACGAGAUCGAAUACGACCAGGACGCGGAGACUCUGAUCAGUGGCCUUUCGGUGAACUAUGACGAUGAUGAUGUGGAAAUAGAGUUAAAAAGAGCUCACGUAGACAUGUACGUAAGGAAACUCAAGGAGAGGCAACGGCGGAAGAACAUUGCACGAGACUAUAACUUGGUACCGGCCUUUCUGGGGAAGGAUAAAAAGGACAAGGAGAAAGCUCCCAAACGAAAGAUCACAAAAGAAGAGAAGGAGUUGAGGCUGAAACUGAGGCCUCUGUACCAGUUCAUGUCUUGUAAGGAGUUUGAAGACUUCUUUGAGAACAUGCACAAGGAGAGGAUACUUCGAGCAAAGAUUCGGGAGCUGCAGCGGUAUCGUCGAAAUGGAAUCACCAAAAUGGAAGAGUCGGCAGAAUACGAGGCAGCCAGGCAUAAACGGGAAAAGAGGAAGGAGAACAAAAACAUAGCUAGUUCCAAGAGAGGGAAGGAAGAUGGCAAAGAAGGUGAAUUUGCUGCCAUUGAAAACCUGCCUGGCUUUGAACUCUUAUCGGACAGGGAAAAGGUACUCUGCAGCUCUCUAAAUUUGAGUCCUGCACGUUAUGUGACUGUAAAAACUAUAAUCAUUAAAGACCAUCUCCAAAAAAGACAAGGAAUUCCUUCAAAGAGUCGCCUUCCCAGUUACUUAGAUAAGGUACUGAAGAAAAGGAUUUUAAACUUUCUAACAGAAAGUGGUUGGAUAUCCAGGGAUGCUUCAUGAAACUCAGCUGAUCUGAGAAAACACACCAGAGGCCCAUUAUAGCCUCCAGGACUCCGUUAUUUUUUCCUUCCCUCCCCAAAGAUACAGAAAUUAUGUCACUUAAAAACAAAAAAAAGCAAAUACAUAAACCCCCACAGUAUUCAUGAUCCAUGGUUCAAAUAGACUUUUGCUUUGGAUCAUGGAAAAUCCUUAAUUGUGAAACUUCUGCAUUGGAUUUCACUGCUUUUGGUACAUUAUUAGAACAGCUUGCUUUCAUGUGAACUUACUCAAGUCCAGUAGUCCCAGAGUAGUUACUUUACUCCUUACUAUUGGACAAAUGAAUAUCAGUGUAAUCAUUGCUUUUCUUUGAAGGUGGGAGAUAGUUUCAUUUGCUGGAAACUUUCUUCUCCCUUUGUUUUGUUUUUUUUGUGUAAUGCUGGCAGCAAAGUGAAGCUUACAAAAGUCCUGAGCUCAGGAGCACGGUGAGCGGGGAUUUUUGUGACCAUUGCUAAGCUUUCAGAACAUUCUCCUUAGUAACUACAGCCAAGGCGCUGGGAGAGCGGGGUGAGAGUUUCUGUUGAGAAUACAGCAGGGAUGAGCCGUGGCAGGGAGCGGAAGGAAAGAAAUGCGGUAGGUGAGAUGCCUUCAGGUACUUGUGCUGUGGAAAGGGUUCUUGAAGAGCUACCUUCACACCCAGCUGAUCUGGACAUAGCUUUGACUUCAGUUUUUGCUGAAAUAGACCCCAGUGAAGCUUCGAUGUUAACUAAUUAGUAGCAAAGUUGCAGUAGUACAUGGCAGCUGUGGUACUCUGUUCAGCACUGCUGUGAAGUGGCUGAUUUGGGCCAGAAAUGGGGUUUGGGAAAAUAGGCAGCGAGUUGUCUUGCAGUGAUUGGGAGCCUCAGGCAGCAAAAUCACAAUUUCUUCUUGUUGGGGGACCCUAUUCCUCCUUCUUCGGUAUCUGUAACUUCUGAGCUUGUAUGGGCUGAGGAGGUGUAGCUGCCUCCUUCUGCAUUUGAUUGGGAGGGACAGGGAAAGGGAACGAGAUUCUCAAUGGAGAG